AUGAAUAAUCAUCGUGAAGGCGCAUUCCUACCUCCUCUCUUGGGUGAAUUGAACUACUCUGAUUGGAAAAUAAGGAUGAAGAUGUUCAUCAAAUCUAUUGAUGAAUGGGCCUGGCGCGCGAUUCUAUUUGGUUGGACACCUCCUACCUCAAUGAACGAGUCACACGAGAUCAUUCAAACGCCAAAAGAGAAGUGGAGUGAUGAAGAAGUACGAAUAGCAGAUUAUAAUUCCAAGGCAAUCAAUGCUAUCUUGAGUUGUAUCGAUGACGACCAAUUCAAAUUGAUAUCGAUGUGCAAAUCAGCAAAGGAGGCAUGGGAUGUUCUACAAGAGGCCUACGAAGGAACUACUCUGAUAAGCAAGUGCAAAGAGACUGUUGUUGAAACUGUUGCAACAGUUGGACAGACAGUUCAAACAGAACUCAGGUAUGAUAAUUUGCCUUCAAUAGACGACAUCGGUUUAACUCCCUUUAUUCUUGCAGGAGACGAUGGGGAUUCAGAAAACAACAGUGAUGAUGACGAGACGACCUUGGAAGAAUUAAAGAAGUGCUACGAAAGGAUGUACGAAAAAUUGCUUCAGGUAUGCGAGUCGAAUAAAUUCUUAGAAAAAGAGAAGCUUGUCCUAAUUGAGGAAAACAAAGUGUUGAAGGUAAGAAUUUCUACUCUUGAACAAAAUGUUAUUUCUGCUAGUAGAGAAACAGAUAGUUUGAAGGCUAAAUUUGCUCAAACCCAAGAUGCUAUUUCUAAGUUUAAUACUGGUAGAGUAACUUUGAAUGAAAUUUUGAACAAAAAUCAGCCGAACUAUGGUCGUAUAGGUAUAGGGGGGUAA